CUUCAAGUACUGCAACGUCGCGUGUGGGCAACGUAUCCUCACUUAAAAAUCCGCCAUUCCCAGGACAAGCAGAACUUUUUUGUUGCUCUCCAAGCACUAAAAUCAAAUGAAGUUCGGCAAGCGAGUGCGUAGUUUAGCAUCUUCAGAGUGGGCUACCGACUACGUGGACUACAAGGCACUUAAGCGCGAGAUCAAAUUGGCAUUCGCCGAAGAGAAUGACUCGCUUGACAAACGAGUCGCGUGGUUCCAGUCAAUCUUGGAGUCCGAGAUGCAAAAACUCAAUGUCGCUCACGCAAGGAUCCUCGACGACCUGGUGGAUCGUGGGCUCAAGCCGCUGCAACAAACGUUGGGAACGCGAUGGGUUUUGCCGCAUGCCACCGCUCGGACAUUGUUACUAGAGGUUCUGCAGCUCUCCAACCAAGUGGACGCUUUCCGUCGCUUCGUAGUGCUCAACAGCCUCGCACUCGUUAAGAUCGCCAAGAAGUUCGACAAAACCGCGAAUGCAACCGAGACCGAUGAGGAUAUUGACGAAAACUCCACUGUUACAACCUCUCGACUAAAGGCUCAAGUACUGGAAGACCUUAAAUGUCAGCCAUUCUACGAUGGAUCGGAGCUGGACGCACUUUGCGAUGCAACUGCGGCACUUACAGACCGCGUGAUGUUGUGCGUGUUGCCCGACGGCAACUUCCGUCUUGGUCCGAGAGCCCUGACGUGUCCUAUCUGUCUCUGUGCUGACGUCCAAGCGCCUAUUACACUGUCCUGCGCCCACACUUUUUGCUGGUCGUGUCUGUCUCGAGCAGCUCAGCACCGUUUCCGCUCGUGUCCUCUAUGUCGUCGCGCGCAAUCCGUGGACCCUCGCGACUAUGAGAUUGACGGGCUGGUGAAGCGCUUUAAACGCGCUUAUGAAUUUGUGGAACAAGCGCUGGAUGUGGCGCCGUUGGUAGCGAGUCCUAUGCGUCAGAUCCUUGCAGAGGCAUUCGAGGUGGGCAACGCAUACUUAAGAGAGGUAGAAGACCAGUACGCAGCACUCGCUCCAUUACCAUCGGCUACAUUUGAAGAGCCCCAGGCUACAGUGGAGAACCCCAAGUCAGAAGUGAAGGCGGAUUUUUUGGAUGUCAAGAAGGAAAAGGUGAAAAUGGAGGAACCAGAGCCUCCUGUUGUCUUUGAAAAGGGUGAAAUUGUUGAGAUUCUUCAUGGUGAGCAAUGGUAUGCGGGCGUGGUGCUGCAGCGCAAUGAAGGUACCGAAGAUGGUGACACGUACUCGGUGCUGUGGUGGGUCAAGGACAAGUCUCAGCGGUUUGGUCAACGAACACCUCGCCAUCUCUUACGUGAACCGACUGAAGUCCCUGUUCCCCCAGCGUUGUACGAGUAUGCGGCUGAAGCGUGGAGGACCGCAGCGAGUUGGGCACUGGAGCCGUUCAGGCGGCUACGAUCGCGGUCCGAUGGAGGGGCCAACGAUAGUAAAGUUUGCUCGAACACCCUAAUUAGACAAGAUACACUAUCGUAAUUGAGAUAAGAUACGUUAAUAGAACCUGAUUCUGAUGAACUCAGAAUGUGAACGAGUGCAA